UCCAGGAAAAAUAGUCAAUUUCCUCGCAAACUCAAUCCAACCCAAAGAUUCGCAUCUGCAUCUUUCUGGGUUCUAAAUGGGUCAACAACAAUCCAAGGAUGAGUUGGUUUACCAGCAAGUGAAUUACGGCAACAUAGAAGGGAUCAAAGCUCUUCGGAGAGAAGGUGCAGGCCUUGAGUGGAUUGAUAGGGAUGGGAAAACGCCUUUGAUAUUGGCGUGUAUGAAUCCUGAGCUUUACAAUGUUGCCAAAACUUUGAUUGAACUCGGUGCCAAUGUCAAUGCUUAUCGUCCAGGUCGGCAAGCUGGGACACCCUUACACCAUGCAGCAAAGAGAGGCCUUGAAAAUACUGUCAAGUUGCUUUUAUCCCAUGGAGCAAAUCCACUGUUGGUGAAUGAUGAUUGUCAAACAGCUCUGGAUGUUGCUAGAGCAAAAGGUUUUAGCAAUGUUGUCCGUGCAAUUGAGAAUCACAUUUGCUUAUUUUCUGGUUGGAUGCGGGAGUUUUAUGGGCCAGGUUUUCUGGAAGCACUUGCUCCUCAAUUGCUUUCGAGAAAAGUUUGGGUUGUUAUUGUACCGACUGGUUCCCGUAAUAUGUCAAAGCCUUUCAAGUUGGAACUAGCCAUAUACACCAGUUUGCAGGAUGCCCAACCACGCACUGUCAUCGCAUUAUGGAAAGUUAAUUUGGAGGAACCAAAGCCUAACCAGCCUGUUCCUUCAGUUGUACUUCUUGAAAACUCAACAAUCUCAAGAGGCAGGAGGCGGAGACGAGUGAGAUGUUCACCUCGAAAAAUUAGGCGUUACUUUGAUAAUGAAACACAUAUUAAACUUGCACCAGCAAUAGAAAAUGAUUGGCGGCAGCUUCAGUGGUUCUGUGAUGCAUGCAAAGGAAUUACUCAGGCGAUGCAUCCAGCUUUUCAGCAAAACUCUCAGCCCCCAUCUGUUCAAGUAACUGAACCACCAUCAGAUGUAGAGGAUUUAGAAUUAGCAAUGGCACUCAGUGCCUCCAUCCAUUCUGCCAUUUCAGAGACAACACCUUUUGAUGUGCAUUCAAGCAGCAAAGCAAGUACAUCCACCAGUAGGUACAAUGGUCCAGGUGCAUCAGUGGCUUCAGUUCCUGCAAAAGCUAGCAGCAGUGAUUGGACAGCACCUGAAGCCGGCUCUAGUGGCAGUUCAACUCAGGCUACAUUAGUCCACAGCAAUGACAUUCCUGUUGUACCUGCGACAAAUCAAACCUCAGUUAUCACCCCAUCAGCUCCACCAAUUGCAGAUGAGAUUAUAGAAGAUGGUCCAAUUCACUAUCCAUCAAUCGAUACCAGCUCCAUUGAUUUAACAUCCCCAACUGAUAGCACCAGUCCAAGGAAAGAAGAAGGAAGUACACAAUCAUGUGUGGUAUGUUUGGAUGCCCCAUCUGAGGCUGCUUGUGUUCCUUGUGGCCAUGUUGCUGGGUGUAUGUCCUGUUUGAAUGACAUUAAAGCCAAGAAAUGGGGUUGCCCUGUGUGUCGUACCAAGAUUGAGCAAGUUAUAAAGAUCUAUCAUGUUUGACCAAUGAACCAGAAUUUGCAGAAGCUGUAUAUGGUGCAGUAAGUGGCGCAUCCCCUAUGUUCCUUCUAUACAUAUCAGUCAGUUGUUCCAUUCAAGUUGCAAUUUUAUACAAAGGAAAAGCAUAUACAUAGGAUCUGCAACUUCUUGUUCAAUUCUUUGCAUAUGUUUUUCUAUCUUUGGCCAGCCUUUGCAUGUGUAUUUGAUCAAUAAGCAGAAUGCAUUUUGUUUGUACCGUACAUGUUGCUUCUGUACAGACUUGUUGGAAGUACUUUGACUGAAGUCUGUGUUUGUUUGAGAGUAAUUAUCAUAGUAAUGGAUUGUGUAAAACUGCUACAUAUUUGAUUAAAGAAAUCUCUGUAAAAUAAUCUUGUAAUGUCUAC